AUGCCAACCAGAUUACCCACACCACCCCCACCGGCUCCAGCAGCACUCUCGUACGGUCCCUCGCUGAUCACCGAUCGACAAUGGUACUUCACCGCGAAGCAAGUCGCCCAUCCGCCGUCGUGUGAUCGCGCCCGUUUGGGGUCAUGGCGAGAACCGAUCACCUUGGCGGACGAACGGUAUGCAAGGGCCACGGCGAUGCAGAGGAUUUGGAAUUUGAGGAAUAUGAUGUCGUGGUCAGUUGGGGUGUCUCUUAUGGGGGGAGGAGAAAAUGGCCCGUGGAGCUGAUCUUUGCUUCGGUGCACGCUUGCGCAGUCCGUUGGUCGUCGUUUCGACCAGUGCGAUCCUCAUGCACCGCUUUUACAUGGUCAAGUCCGUACAGGACUUUCCUCCCGAGGUGAGCACAUACUCCGCACCAUCUAGAUGUGCGGCACGGCAGAGAUUCCCUCGACUGACCAUCGUGGUCGUCGGCCCUUCCUCUUUCCCUUCCCUGGCCUCCCUGGCCUCCCUGGCCUCCCUCUCAUCACAGGACGUCGGAUCAGCCGUCUUCUUCCUCGCCAACAAAGUCGAGGAAAACCCCAUCAAUUUGCGUCACAUCAUCGGCUACUGCCUCGCGAUCGAACGCAAGAUCGACCGCGAACACAUCCGCUUCGACGCCAAAGGGCGCCCCGAAUACGACCCCAACGACGAUCUCGCCCAAAACAUCAGCAAGAGGAUCCUCUACACCGAGGACGCGAUGCUCCACGCGCUAUGCUUUGACUUGACGGUCCAGAGUCCGUUCUUUGCUGUGGUCGAGGGGCUCAAGAAGAUGUACAAGAAGGAUUUGGAAGGGAGGGAUCAGAUCAACUUCGUCGCGUGGCAGAUCUUGCAGGAUGUGUGAGUGAGGGUAACGAUGCCCCGUUGACUUUGUCACUGGGCUGAUGAGCGCUUUUUCGAUUGUGGCCACCUUUUCAUGCUCUCGUUCAGCCUCGCCACGACGCUCGUCAUUAGGUAUCAAGCGUACGAAAUAGCCGCUGCUGCGAUCCUAUGCGCGCUCGCUCAACUCAGUCUGCCGGUCCCAAGACCCAUAUCACGGCCAAAAGAAUCCACACGAGGAACGGGCGAGAAGAACGGGGAUGUCGAGAUGCUCGAUGGGGCAAAAGAUACCUCGAAGGGAGGCCCAGAAGGGGAAGAAGGGGAGGAGGCUGAGCAGGACGAAGAUCUGUUCAAGGUGUUCGAGGUGACCAUGGAUAGGAUGCGAGGUAAGGGUGCAGCGUGUUUGUGCUUCGGACGUAUGUUCUGACGGCACUGAAAUCGUUCUCCGAACCCGACUCUUUCAGAGAUCGUCAAGCUGCUCGCGGAAACAUGGGAAUUGGGGCAAGAUCCUUACGUCGUGCACGAAGGGCGGCGGGUGAGUCAUGCCUCUCUCAAAGGGAGUCGACCUGACCCCAGUGUUCCAACUUACACAUCGCUAUCAUGGGACCAUCACAGCUACGAAAAUAUGUCUAUCGACUCCUCGACAUUCCUCACGACCCGUCCAUGGAUCAAAAACCCCUUCCUCCGGAGAUUCUGCGCGUCGAACCCCGACGAAAGCAAGGGUCUUCCACCCCUCGCCUCGCGCACCCAGCAAGUGGGAAAACACCGAAUUCUUAUCAGCAGAGUGGAGGGUAUUCGAUACCGGGGAAUAAUGGGCCUCAAUUCGCUCCGAGUCAAAAUCAGAGGCAUGAUACGUAUGGGGCGCAUCGACCGCCUCAUGAGCUUCCAGCAGGCCAAGGGUUGAUCCCUGCUCCUCCACCUCCUCCGUUUCCGGAACUAUAUGGCACGCUGCCGCAACAACAAGGUUAUAACAACCAAUACAACCAGAGCAACCAGCAUCACAACAAUCAGCAACACAAUCAACCCAUCCAUCACCCACAGCAGCAGCAUCAGCAACACUUCCCACAACACACCUAUCCCAAUCAGCCCAAUCAAGCAAACCACUUCGCACCCGCUCCCCCAUUCCAACCCCCGCAACUACCUUAUGGGACCCAAAAUCCGAACCAAGGCCCACCACACCUCAACUACGGCGCCCGUAACCCCAUGCCGACCGGUCCUGCAGCCCAAAGAGUUGCCAGCGGCGGUUUCGGCUCGUACCCCAAUCCAGACGAUCGGUUUGCUCCCGCUGCCCCUCCCCAAGCUCCGCCGGUUCAGCGUCGUUUCAGACCAAUUGGGGGUGGGCUUCCGCCUACUCCGUCGGGACCGAAGUUCGCGAAUACGAUGGAAGUGAGCUAUGAUGAUCGAAGACGGACCCAGGGAGGAGGAGGAGGAGGAUGGGCGACGAAUGGGAGUGCAGGUAACGCCCCACCACCCAACCUUCCGUACGCAGCUUCGACCCUUCCUCCUCGACCUCAGUUACAGGCGUACGAUGAUGUGACUACUCGUUCGACGAGUAUGGGCGGUGCGGCGUGA